UAUGCCUGGACACACAUGAUUCUUUUAACUGUUUUUGCGCAAUCUUCUUUCAUGGUAGCAAAUAUAUUUGAAGGAAUGUUCAUGUUUCUUCUACCUGCUUCACUCAUUGUGAUCAAUGACAUUGCUGCCUAUUUAUUUGGGUUCUUUCUCAAUAGAACACCAUUGAUCAAGUUAUCUCCAAAGAAAACAUGGGAAGGCUUUAUUGGUGCAUCAGUGACAACCACCAUUUUUGCUUUCCUAUUAGCGAAUGUAAUGGGUCGCUUCCAGUGGUUUACAUGCCCAAGAAAGGACCUGUCAACAGGAUGGCUUCAGUGUGAUCCUGGCCCUAUGUUUAGGCCUGAGCGUUAUUAUCUGGGAGAUUGGGUACCACAUUGGGUAAGAAGAUAUCCUUUUCAAUUUGCACCACCACAGCAGCCACCAAAGGAAAGAUUGAAGGAUUGCCUCCCCAAUGGAGCUAGCCGCGGCUCCAUCGCUGAUAUGCAGCUUUACGGAACUCCAAGGUAG